AUGGAAGACUUUCCAGACGAGGUUCUCCUCAAGAUCUGCCGCCACCUGAACUUCACAGACGUGUCCAAUCUGCGCUGUGUCACUAGCCGCUUUGCCCCAAUUGGAGCCGAAGUCCUUAUCAAGAGGGUGCGAUUCCAUGUCAGUCAAGUGUCUCUCGAGCGUCUCGAUGCAAUUGCGUCCCACCAGGUGCUUUCAAAAGCUGUUGACACUGUGUUUUUCGAGGGCAAUAUACUAGCCAAUGUUGGCUGUAUCCACGCCUUUUCCCGGCACUUCGAAGCUGACCACCAUAAUAUCGACCGACCAAAGACUCCUGGUGCAGAUGCCACUGAUCGUGAGGUCAGGCUUUAUGAGCGAAAUCGUCAGAAGUUUCAGCAGGAGAUCAGCACCAAAUAUGAGCGCUACCGUAAACUUUAUGAUGCCCAACAGACCAUCCUCAACUCGGGUACGUAUGCCACUUUGAUUGCAGGCAGCAUCUCGCAGUUUCCGAAACUCAGAAAAGUUGUUCUUUCCACCGUCGGCAGAUGUAAGCACGUGCUUUCCGAGAGGUUCAUGACCAUGUUUGCGGUGGACUGUGCGCUCCCUCUAGAGCCCGACACUUGCCAUACCAAAGAACAACUCAAAGCUCUCCUCGUUCCUCAAGAUCAGCCCCUGACAGUAAUACGAGAGUUGGAAGUGCACGUGCUGAGUCCCAAAUUCUUCACUGGGUUUCUUCCUUCGCACACCAUUUGUCAAGUGUUCGCCAAUCUCAAGGUGAUCAACCUUAACUUUCGUUUAGAAAGAGAUGAUCGAAACGAACUAGACAUCAUGACCGCCGAAAACUGCUAUGGAAGCUUUGCAAAUGGCCAUCUCCGAGACGCGCUGAAAGCAGCUAGUGGACUGCAAAAACUCACCAUCAAUUUCGACGAUUUCGGAUAUUUUGGACCUUGUACUCAUCUGAAGCAUGUAUUGGGAGAAAGUGUGUGGCCUGACCUUGAUUUGCUCGAUCUGGAUUGUAUGUCGACAACACAAGAGUAUCUUAUCGACACCUUGAAACGCCAACCAGUCCUUACGAAGCUCACUCUCGGUUUUUUCACACUUGAAGAUGGUCGUUGGACUACAGCAACCGACAUGAUGCGUAAAGAGCUCCGUCUCAAUUUGUUUGUGGCGCACGGCGUUCUAGAAGAUUCGGAGCGGAUGCAUCCAAUGCAUUUAAUUGACACUGAUGCGUACAUGGAGGACUUCGCCGAAUUUUCUCUGACUAACGCUCUGGACAUGUAUGUUACAGACCAUGAUCUUGAAGAAGAAGAUUAUCAUCCUCUCGACGACGAGAACUUUACCGAUCCCGAUGAACUUCGCGAAGAUUUUGGUCCUUAUAUGGACUCGGACGAAGCUUUUGACGAAAUGGACUGCAGUGAAUAG